AUGUCAUCACAACGCUUCUACCUUUUGGGCGAAGACCCUUCAGUCACAACAGAGUUCGAGAUCCCCGCCUCGACGGACGAGGAGGGCCUCCAGCAUCUCGCCGCCUCCCAUUUCGCCGUCGUCGACCACAAGGGCGUCGGUUUCGUCUCCGGAGAGGAGGCUCUGACAACAGUUGCCGAUGUCCUUGCCGCCGAGGGUCCCGUCGCCAUCACCAUCGAUGGCCACGCCGUCCGCGAGGUGCCCGGUCCCAAGGGCCUACCCAUUAUCGGCAACUACUUCGAGGUCUACCCCGACCACCUGGGCAACCACCAGCGCCUCUUUGAAAAGUACGGCCCCCUCUUCAAGACCAACAACAUGGGCUCCGUCAUCUACCACACCAACGACCCCGCCCUCGCCAACAUAAUCUUCUCCGAGAGCGACUUCUUCACCAAGAAAAUGAUUCCCGGCCACCCCCUUUACCCCAUCAAGAACAAGGAGGCCGGCGUCUUCCUCGGCGACACAGACACCCCGGAGUGGAAGGAGGUCCACAAGUUCCUCCCGCCUGCCCUCGGCCCCAAGGCCGUCCGCCACUACGCCCCGACCAUGCAGGCUACCAUCGAAGAUGCCUUCAAAGUCUUUGACGAGCUCGAUGAGAGGGACGAGGCCUGGAACGUCUACCCCUACAUGCUCAAGCUUGGCUCCCAGGCUGUCGGCAAGCUCGUCCUCGGCAUUGACUUCAAGCACUUCACCGCCGUCGACGCCCCCCCCCACGAGAUGGUCCUGGUCAUGGCCCAGUCCCUCGAGCUCAACAAGAAGAUCACGUCUAUGGGCAGCUGGUACGCCGCCCUGCCCUUCGGCGACCCCAAGCGCCUGCGCGAUGCCCGCGGCCGCAUUGAGCAGAUGAUGGCCGAAUCCAUAGAGAACGCCUCCAAGGGCAUCGAGGACCUCGAACUGCAGGAGGCCGCCGUCCGCGCUGACAACAUGGUCGACUAUGUCCUCCGCGCCAGCGACAACCGCGGCAACAAGCUGCCCCGCGAGCGCAUCAUGGAGCCUCUCGUCGUCGCCACCGGCGCCGGCUUCACCACCACCUCCUCCCUCCUUUCCUGGCUCCUCUACGGCCUUGUCGCUUACCCCGGCAUGCAGGAGCGCCUGCUCCAGGAACUCGUCGACAAUGGCUUCGAAGAAAAUACUAAGAUCGACGCCGAGCUCACCCAGAAGCUCACCUUCCUUGACAAGUACAUCAAGGAGACCCAGCGCCGCCACAACCCCUCGUACCAGCCCGCUCGCACCUCAAAGGUCGACAUGAUCCUCCCCGGCGGCUACAAGCUGCCCAAGGACUCUGUCUGUAUCCCCGCUCUCCACCACAUCCACAACAACAAUCUCGUCUGGGACAACCCCGCCCGCUUCGACCCCGACCGCUGGGACACUGACAAGGUCAAGAACCGCCCCGCCGCCGCCUACGUCCCCUUCGCAACCGGCCCCCGCAUGUGCAUCGGCUUCAACUUUGCUCUCCAGGAGGUUAAGAUCUUCCUGCCCAAGCUCAUCUACCGCUACAACUUCACCAUGGCCCAGGACGGCCCCAUCGAAUACGACCCCAUGUUCCAGCUCAUCCGGCCGAAUAACCUCUACGUGCGCGCCGAGAAGAGAGUCAAGUGGCCUCCCAGGUCCGACGCCUAG